ACGUCUCACCUAUUCAUUGACUCCACCCUUCGGCUUGUGUUGCGGAUGUUACUGAAGACGAGAGCUGAAGUUUUAACUCUGGUUGGUACACGGGGUGCCGCCCUAAAAGGGGCGCGGCUUAAUUGAAAAUGAUUUGAAACCGCUGGGCUGGAAGCAGUUUAUUCUCUAAUUAGAAGACCAGCAUUAUCACGUGACCGCAAACACUUGUCAGUCUGUUGGGAAGACUUGUAAUGACAAACUUUGCGUCAAGGACAGGAUUUCUGUAUACUUAAUUUGCUAUGCAAAUUGAUUGCUUUGAACUGACAGACUAAGCAAUAUGAUGGGGAGAAAGUAGACCUGGGACUUACAGACGGGAAACAGCCAGGAAAACUUCAGAAUUGGGAAGAGUAACUUCAUUCACUUGUAUCACUAUGUGAUACAUAAUAUUUUACAAAGUAAUUUUUUUCUUGAAUUGUUUUACAGUUUUAAGCAUUUAUAUACGUGUUUCUUUAUCUGGUGUGGUAGCUUCUCUGGUAAGGGCUAGAUUUACUUCAUAGGCAUAUCUAUGCAGCAUGUUACAGAAUUAAAUAUACACGAAGUAAAAAGUGUUUUAAUAAUUAAAGCGUCAACAUAUAGGCAUAAUGUGAUACACUAUGUAUAUUUAGUGGGGUUUUUUUAAAUGGUUAUUAACCAGCCAUGCUUGUCUUAAAGUUUGAUAAGGUAACUUUGAUGAAAUCAUGACCAGGUGGGCACGAGUUACUACCACACGUAACAAGAGACCUUUGGCUGCAACAUCAUGGGAGGACAUGAAGAAGGGGUCCCUUGAGGGAGAAGGCCAAAACCUACCAAAAAGUAAACAACUUGAAGCCAAUAGGCUCUCUGCUAAAAAUGAUACGCCUCAAGCAAAACACAAAAAGAACAAAAAGAAAAAGGAGUACUUAAAUGAAGAUGUAAAUGGAUUCCUGGAAUACUUAAGGCAAAACCCACAGAUGGUUCAUAAUGGAGAGAGGAUAGCAACAGACAGUCAGGAGGUAAGGGAAGAAAUUGCAGUUGCUUUAAAGAAAGAUAGUCGCCGGGAAGAAAGAAGACUAAAAAGACAAGCAGCAAAGAAAAAUGCAAUGGUAUGUUUCCAUUGUAGAAAACCCGGCCAUGGAAUUGCAGAUUGCCCAGCCGCCCUUGAGAAUCAAGAUAUGGGCACUGGAAUAUGUUACCGGUGUGGGUCCACAGAGCAUGAAAUAACCAAGUGCAAAGCCAAAGUAGACCCAGCUCUUGGUGAAUUUCCUUUCGCAAAAUGUUUUGUUUGUGGGGAAAUGGGACAUCUGUCCAGAUCUUGUCCUGAUAAUCCCAAAGGACUUUAUGCUGAUGGUGGUUGCUGCAGACUUUGUGGCUCUGUGGAACAUUUUAAGAAAGAUUGCCCUGAGAGCCAGAAUUCAGAUCGAAUGGUCACAGUUGGUCGCUGGGCAAUGGGAAUGAGUGCAGACUAUGAAGAAAUUUUGGAUGUGCCUGAACCACAGAAACCCAAAACAAAGAUACCUAAAGUUGUUAAUUUUUGAUAAUGAUUAGUACUAUCAUUAGUUACCGCCUCAUUGUGAGCUACUUUGAACUGGGCCUACCUCACACACUGGAGCUGAGCUCCCUUGGAGACCUGUGUUGUAGACAUCAGUAUGAUGUGCAUAUGGUCAGAUAGUUUCCUGAGUGCUGUCCAUUAAAAAGUGCCUCUCUCACUGGAGAAAAUCACUGAAGAAAAGUAUAAGAUUUUUAAAUUGGAUUCUCUAAAAGAAUAUAUUUAACAGGUAGAACUUAGGUAUAACUAAGUGGUUACAUACUUGAUUGUAACAGUCAUCUUUUUCUUAAAAACUAUGCAUUAAUGUGAACCACCCUUAAACAAAGUAUAACUUUUGCGUUUAGAAAUGAAGUUUUGGUUAUAUUGUUUUCUUGGUUCAAAAUAUCAAUUUAUUACUAUAUUAGGAAUUUAUAAGUUGCCACAAUACUGUAUUUUUAAAAUAUUUAAUUCAAAAAUCAUUUGCUAUGUACUUAUUUUUCUGAAUACCUCAUUCUGGAUUGAACUAGCCAUUGUCUGUUUAUGUCCAGAUAAUCCCUUUGGGAACACAAUCUUUUUAUGAAUUCUAGAUGAGAUUAAUUUUGGUUAAUUUUUGUUUUAGUUUUGACAUAAAGAAGUACAAAUUAUUGAGGUAACAUAGAAGAAUACGUUAACAACAGCUCCUUCUUUGUCCUGGAUUUUCAAGAGUGAAAUUCUAGCCAAAAUUAUUUUGGGGUAUUUAACCAGAAUGAUGUUACUUAACAGACUGUAUAUCACACUUAAUAGCAUUUUGUUCAUGUGUUUUAGAUGAGUCUGGGUGAGAUGCAGGUAUCACCAUAAUAGAGUUAGAAUGCUAAUCAGAGACCCAUUAGCUUCUUUGUUGGAUUUUAUGAAUACAUGCAUACUUAAUACAUGUAUUUCACAAGGCUAGGGCUCAUAUUGUAAUGGAAUGACUCUAGUGGAUUGUGUGUUUCAUUUGGAAUUUUACCUGAUUGGAUACAUUUGUAACUAAAGGAAACAGCUGUGAUUAGUUACUGUAGCUUCAAAAGCAAAAUAUUUACCAAAUAAGAAACACUUUUCUCUGUUUUAAUGUCUGCAAAGCUCAACAGUUCUAGUCUUAAUAAGAGCUGUUGUUUUACUUUUGGUGUGAGAGGAAAACAUGACAGAAUACAACUCAGCAUCCCAGAAUAUAAGGAAAGGAGUGUCAUUUAAAAGAAAUCACACAAGUCAUGUAGCUGGAAAAGGAUAGCAAUGCUGCCUUAGUCAUUUAGCCCAAACACACUCAGAUUUAUUUCACCUAUCCUAUCAGGUGUCAAGGACUCUGGCCAGUCAAAACCUGUCUCCAGUGAGGAAGGCAAGCAUUAAAUAUUUCCCAAGUACCUGCUGUAUUCCUGGUACUCUCUUAGGCACUAGGGAUUGUAACAGAGAUGAAGACAAGGUCACGUGCUUUCUAAUGAGGCUUUAGGAUGGAGAGGAGACUUGGGGAGAGAUGCAUAUCAGAAAUAUCAGUAUAUCAGAAAAAUAUCAGAUAUUUUAUUACACUUUAAAAAUAUUCUACUGAAUCGCCUAAGACUUGGUCAUUAAUCACUCUUCCUUCAGUCCUUUGGAAAUGUCACCUCUUACAAGCUUAUCAUUCACUUUUCUAUGGCUGACUCCUAAAUCCAUCUGGCCCUAAUAUCCUCAAUUACAGUUCCUACUUGGAUGUUCCACCAAUACCUCAGGUCAUUACUGCAGUAAUUUUCAAAACAAUAUAAAUUCAAAGACCUACGACAGGCAGAGGUUGGAAGUGUCUCAAUUGUAGGAGAGGUGUGAAAUUUUACCAUACAAAAUUUUAGUUAAGUAACUCCAUUAUAGCUAAUUUUUUUUUUGCUUUUUAAAAUCUAAAAAUAUUCUAAAAAAUUUUUCUGCUUCUGAAAUGUAUAGGCAUUUAAAUCUACAUAUUCACCCUUAAUGUAUGUAAGUGUUAAUUCAUAAAAUUGGAGCACAGUCCAAAGUUUAUGUAAAUGAAAACCUGCUGACACGGAAUAAAACUAAUUAACAACCAGACCUAGGCUGGGUGAGUGGACGGGUUGGGGAAGCGGGUAGGCUGGGGAAGCAGAGGUAGAGAUCUGACAUACAGCAGGAUGUACCUAACCUCUUAAGUGCUCUAAACUCUAAUGAAGAAGUCCUUCAACUUUUAAAUGCUGUCUUGUAGAGGAGGCUAACUUGACAUAUGCUGGUUUGUCUUACGAGUAAAGACAAAUCACAGAGUAGAGUAAUGAAUGCUGAAGUCUAGGGAAUAAAGUGCUAAUGUAAUGGUUAUGAAAGAAGAGCUCAGUUAAUAUUCUUUCUCUGCGACAUCACAUUGUGCAGGUACUUUUCUGUGUGUAUAUAUAGCAAUAGAUACUAAAUUGGCCAGCCACCUUGAAUAUAUGUUAAAUGACACUAGUAA